UCCAAUCAGAUUCAGACAUCUGUUCCGAGGCGAGAGGAGAGAAGCGGCAGCGUCUCGGUGGCUCUCACUGUAGCAUCACUGUAUGGGGAUACCGCACUGACAGACAACGCUGCUUCGCCUUAUUUAGAGAAAAUCUUUCUACACGGGCAUUUUUAUUUGUAAUUGGUUAGUUUUUGACCGGCUGCUUCAGCUCGUCGCCAUGACAGCACUGUGCCUGCUUUUGAUGGCCGUGUCGGCUGCAUCUGUACUGGCCGAGUCCACAGUUUAUUUCCGCGAGCAAUUUGAAGACGGCGAUGCCUGGAUGAGUCGCUGGGUGGAAUCCAAGCACAAGUCCGAUUAUGGGAAGUUUGUCCUGACUGCUGGGAAAUUCUACGGUGAUGAAGAGAAAGACAAAGGUCUGCAGACGAGCCAGGAUGCCCGUUUUUAUGCACUGUCAGCCCGUUUUGAUGACUUCAGCAACAAGGGCCAGCCUUUAGUCAUACAGUUCUCUGUGAAACACGAGCAGAGCAUCGACUGUGGCGGAGGCUACAUUAAACUGUUUCCCUCCGAGCUCAACCAGGAGGACAUGCAUGGAGACUCUGUCUACAACAUCAUGUUUGGUCCUGAUAUUUGCGGCCCUGGCACAAAGAAAGUUCACGUGAUCUUCAACUACAAAGGCAAGAACCACCUGAUCAACAAGGACAUCCGGUGCAAGGAUGAUGAGUACACCCACUUGUACACACUGGUCGUCAACCCUGACAACACUUAUGAGGUUAAGAUAGACAAUAAGAAGGUGGAAUCUGGCAAUCUGGAGGAUGACUGGGACUUCCUGCCUCCCAAAAAAAUCAAGGACCCCGAGGCCAAAAAGCCAGAGGACUGGGAUGACCGGGAGAAGAUUCCUGACCCUGACGAUAAGAAACCUGAGGACUGGGACAAACCAGAGAACAUCCCAGAUCCUGAUGCCAAGAAGCCCGAUGACUGGGAUGAUGAGAUGGAUGGAGAGUGGGAGCCACCGAUGGUCACGAACCCUGAAUACAAGGGUGAGUGGAAGCCCAGAGAGAUUGACAACCCUGCCUACAAGGGCAAGUGGAUCCACCCUGAGAUUGACAACCCCGAGUACACGGCCGAUUCUGAGAUCUAUAAAUACGACAGCGUCGGGGUGAUUGGGCUCGACUUGUGGCAGGUCAAGUCUGGGACUAUCUUUGACAACUUUCUAAUCACAAACGAUCCAAACCUGGCAGAGGAAGUUGGCAACGACACAUGGGGCAAGACUAAGGAUGCUGAGAAGAAGAUGAAGGAAAGCCAAGAGGAAGACGAGAGAAAGAAGCGCGAGGAGGAGAACAAGAAGAGGAGAGAAGAGGCAAAGGAGGAGGACGAGGAGGAAGAAGAGAAGGAGGAGGAGGAGGAGGAGGACGAGGAGGAGGAGGGGGGGGAGGAGGAGGAGGAGGAGGAGGAGGAGGAGGAAGAGGAGGAGGAAGGCACAGACUCUAACCUCAAGGAUGAGUUAUAAACUCAAGAACUGCUCAGACUGUGUCAGUGGGCCGUUGGAAUAAGGCUGGAGACUGAGACCCUGACGACUGACACCCCGGGGUGGGGGCUGGGUGGGAAGGGCUUUUUCCAUUUCUUUGUUUACAAAGCAAGGUGAUCGGUCAGAAAAGGGCAAUUAAAUGUUCUGUUUCUUGUUUCCAUGUGCUACUACUACUAUUAUAAUGAUGAUUAUUAAACGAGGACUAGUGAUAAGCAUAAUUAAUGUCAAAUGAAUGUCAAAACCAGACAUUUUAACACAAACGUGUGAAUUGUCAUUUACAUUUUACAAAAUCUGGGUUGUUAUGAAGUGUAAUAUUGUGAUGAGAUGAGAAGUUUUAUUUGGUAUGGAGGUUUUGGUACCAGCAAAACGUUUGGUUUACCUCAUGUGUUUUGUUUGCCUUUCAUUUUUUAUUUUUGUACAUUUUUCUUUCUCUCAUUCCUGUCGGGCUGGAAGGAUUAGAUAGGAUUUGAUGUUGUCAUCCAGGUUAUUUUGCCUUCUUCUGUUUCCACUAUCUGAUUCAAACGAGGAUUGUUGGCACGGCAACCAGAGUGCAGUAGGACUAACACUAUAUUUGACAACCUGAUCAAAAGUGAAAAAAAGAAAACAAAUCAGUCUGCAGUGGGAUGGUAACAUGAGGUGCUUUAAGAUGAAGUCCCUUGCAUAGUUUUGUACUGUAUAGGUAACACUUUUUCCACUUCAGUGCACAUACUAUAGUCUUGUGUGUCUAAAUAAGCUCUACUCAAACUUAGGAUGUACAUUAAGACCACCCCAGUAGCAGAACAUUUGGUCGUUUGGUACGCACACACUUUAGGUUUCCUCGCCGUUUGUGUAUACGUCUCGUUUCCUGAUUUUUGAUUCCAAGUUUUCUGCACUGCUGUACCCCAACACACUGUCCCAACAGUCUGACAGAGGCUCCUUUUGUAAAAGACAUUUUGUACUAAUGGUAGUAAAUGAAGUGGGGCGAUUUUUGUGUUGCUGUGUAAAAUAAAAACAAAGGCAGGUGAUCUGUCCAAUAAAACAGCCAGAAGAAAACAAUGAAAA